UCCGUCGGCCACCCCGGCAUCGAUCGUCGAUUGAUUCGAUACUGGCGCGAUUUCGAUCCGUUCCAUGACGGAUAACAGCGACGACGACACCAACAACGGCAACGACAAUCGCGUGCGCCGCCGCCGCUGUCCUCGUGCGUUGUUGUAUAAAUAGGCCCGAACGUCCGGCGUCGCGCGCAGUUGGUUCGCGCGUAGCGUCUGCGGCGGUUAGUGCAAUAUUAUUGACUAUAUUACGAUGACCGUCGUGGUCGUCCCCAGUUAGUUGUAUAUCCACUAUCCUACAACUUGUAGGGCUGUGGACAGUCGACCCACACACCGGCCGCCGGUACUCAUUACCCAUCAGUCGCGCGAUGUCCAUAUUCCGGCCACUGAUCGAUGCAUUCUGGUCCCCGGACAUCUGGCUGCCGCCGAACACCCAAUGGUCCGACCUGGAACCCAAUGAACGGGUCCAGUACACCGACCACCGGCACCUGAUCUACCCGUUGCCCAUGGCCGUCGUCGUGUUGCUCAUAAGAUAUCUGCUCGAAAAAUAUUGUUUUUCACCGUUUGGCCAAUCGCUGGGUAUCAAGAGCACUAAACCAAAAAAGGUCCCAAACAAUGACAUGCUAGAGGAAAGGUAUGCGCGGAACAGCAAGUGGAAUCACAAGGAAGUGGUGGGUCUGGCCAAGAGGCUCGAUUGGACCGAGCGACAAGUAGAGAGAUGGUUGAGGUUGAGGCGAGCUCAGGACAAGCCUUCGACCCUAGUCAAGUUCUGUGAGAGCAGUUGGCGAUAUGUCUAUUACACAUUUUCAUUCCACUAUGGUCUUGCGUUCUUAUGGAAUAAACCAUGGUUAUUGAAUAUAGAUUAUUGUUGGAUUGGAUAUCCACACCAGGGUGUCACAAGAGACACUUGGUGGUACUAUAUGAUGUCAUUAUCAUUUUAUUGGGCAUUAGCUGUUUCUCAAUUUUUUGAUGUCAAACGGAAAGAUUUUUGGCAGAUGUUUGUCCAUCAUAUAUGUACUAUAUGCUUAUUAUCUUUUUCAUGGAUAUGCAAUUUCCACAGAAUUGGGACUCUUGUGCUUUUAACACAUGAUUGUGGCGAUAUUUUCCUUGAGUUGGCAAAAAUGGCCAAAUAUGCCAAAUAUCAAAAAUUAUGCGACUUCAUUUCAGUAGUAUUCAUUGUUGUCUGGUUGGUAACUAGAAUUGGAUUGUUCCCUUUUUGGAUUUUGUACAGUACGUCAGUCAAUGCGCCACAAGUGGUAAACCAAAUGUUCCCAGCUUAUUACAUAUUCAAUGGAUUACUGUUUCUUUUACUUGGUCUCCAUCUUUAUUGGACACACUUAAUUUUGAGAAUUGCAUAUCUAUCGUGGAAUUCUGGAUCAAUGGAUGGAGACAUUCGAAGUUCUUCUAGUGACGAAAUUACACUAGAUGAUGAUUCAAGUACCAAAAUAGAUGACAUCAAUGGAGCGUUACCAAAUGGCACAAUUUAAAUUAUACUACUUUUAUUGUAUCUUUGUUUUAUUGAGUUUUGUUUGAAAUAAUUUCAAAAGCACUUUAGGUAUUCGUGUAAAUAUUUAUGUGUUCCAGAAUACUAAUCAUUUUAUUCCCUAUCUUUUAAGACAAAAAAGUGGUAACUUUAUCAUGAACAUAGCUACUUAAAUGAAAAGUUUCUAUAAAUAUUAUGAUCACUUAAAUGUUUCAGAUUCAGCUCUAGUCAUCCAUAAACAAAAACAUUUCCUACGAGAAAUAUACCAUAAAUAUAACAUUUUAUAUGCAAUUAUUAUAGUUUUUUUUUUAGAUUUUAGUUUGUUAUUUUAUUUUAUUUCAUUUUAACUUCAUUAAUAUACUUAAAUAAUGCUUAUUCGUCCCCUUCAUCCUCCAGUCCCCCCCCCAAAAAAAAA